AUGACGGCAUCGGUGGGCGGAGCGAUGCUUGGACAGCUUAUUGGUAGGACAUUAGCGCGGAUCUCUAGAGAAAUGUCUAAAAUGAAGGCUGCCCUAAAAUGGUUAUACAAGGAAGCUAAAGGCACUAGCAUCCAGGCAAUUGGUAAGAAAGAAGGCCUAUGGUCUUGCCUUGUGAUUGUAAUGCUAAGCAUUUGUGAUUGGGGUUUACUUUCCCUCUCUUCGUGGCACGCGCGAGCCGCAACCAGUAACAUUUUUGAAAAUUCCAAGGAACCCUUCAUUAACUUCUUCGGUUCUUUCCCUUCGUUAUCGUCUCCCUUCCGUCCUCCCGUUUGUCAACUAAAUCUCGCUACUGUACGUGUGAGAGUUAUUUUGGGAAAUAUUUCCCCGAAAUGGGUUGAAGAGGACAUGGAAACAGCAGCUGGGACACUGCUCUUCACUCUGAAUCGUAAGAUAAUAAGUCACAAGCAGUCCACAGAUGCUGUCAUUUCAAAUAUUUCUUCCGAUAGAGCAUGUUCUUCCAUUCGAAUGAGAUAUAAUGCUCAACCAUUUCAUGAAAGGGCAAGCUACAUUCCUGCAGUUUCUGCUGUAUCGUCAGGUGUGGAAGAUAUUCAAGCCUCUUCAUCUCAAUGCAAGGACUUCUCUGUGACUGCUACCAGUAUUAAUGAUGAUAAAGAAAUAAAGAUGACCGUAGAGGUAUCUGGUGUCAAAACUCAAGCAAUUUUUGACAAUGUGUUCUCCAAAAUGGUUGCCGAUGCUCAACCAAUUCCAGGCUUUCGAAGAGUAAAAGGAGGAAAAACACCUAAUAUACCCAGAGACAUUCUUCUGGAAGUUCUUGGACCCUCUAAAGUUUACAAGCAAGUAAUAAAGAAAGUAAUCAACCAUGCCAUAUCUGAAUUUGUAGAAAAGGAAGGCUUAAUAGUGAGUAAAGACUUGAGGGUCGAGCAGAGCUUUGAAGAUAUUGAAGUGAGAUUGGGUGCCAUUCCCACCGUGUACUUGGGUCUUUCCUUGGGAGUUAAAUCAUGCUCUCUGUGUAUUUGGGACCUCGAUCAUGAAGAAGAUGGAGCGGAAGUUGGCUACUUGGAAAUCUAAAUUUCCUUUAUUGGGUGCUGACCCCACAGCCCAUAGAGAUGGUAAAUUCAGGAGCCAGCCACAGGAAUCGAACUCGGGAUGCAUUGAUUGGCUCAUCUCAUGAGAGGAAAUCCCAAAGCACGCCCUGCCAACGGAGCUACACUCUGGGAAUCUGGCGGGCGAGGGCGAUGCCGUCGGGCAUUGGUGCGACGUAACACUUGAGGCCGUCGGUGCUAAAGGGGACGGAGCUGGCCGACCCGAUGAUCAAAUCGAUCAACCAGCCUGCGAAUUCGCCGAUGAUGAAUGCCCCUAAUAUGCCGGUGAUUAGUCCGGUCAACGCCACGAACAGCUCCAUUGCCUGGACGCCGACCAGUACGUUACGCGCCAACGUCGUCCCAAUAAGCUGUCCAAGCAUCGCUCCGCCCACCGAUGCCGUCGUCACCACGACGUCGUGGACCGCCUUCGGAAUCUCGUGCUCCGACGAGAAUAUGUCCCACACCAUUACGCCGGCGGUGAAGAGCAGCACGGCUAAUCCGACGCUCCCGGCGAUCCUUGCCCCAAUGUUGACGGAAGGUCUUCCGCGCUUGGACUUCUCAAUUAUUUUGUUGUACACUUCUAGCUUUUGCGCUUCCGACAGGUUCUUGAACUCCCCCGCAAAAUUCAGUUCUCCCUGGUAACUACAGCCGAUAUGAUCCCCCAACCAUUGUGACGAGUUGCUCAAAGGUCUUGCCGGAUUGCUUGAGAUAUUUUGAGAAGCUGCGUGACGCGGGGCUUUGCCAGCUCCUGAAAUACUCCAACAUCUCGUUCCUGUACUGAGCCGCAUCGUCGGCCAUUUUAGCGAUUUUGGUAACAUCUUUGGGGUGCAUCUCCCUCAGAGUCGUAAUCAGUUCAUCCGCGUGUUCUUUUAUUUUGCUGAGGUAGCAGCUUCUCACCGUGCAGUUCGAGAUGCCCUCCAGUGCGAGGUGGACGCAGUACACAAUGUAAUCGUAGACGUCGCGAGCGGUCGAGGACCGGCGGUCGUCUUUGUCGGCUGCGGCAACGGACUCGCCCUUCACCAAGUCGGCGCCGGCGUCGAGGAGGGCCAGAGCCGCCUCGUAAUUGCUUCUGCUGGUGCGGAGGUAUUUGACGCGCUCGGGUUCGGAACCGAAUUGGAUGUUUUGUAUGGCCUGUGCUUCUUGGCGGUAAAUUAGCUCAGCCAGCCGGCGCAACUGCGCAUCCUUGAGAAUGGGAAGCUCCGCAGCCAUAUUUGAGUUUCUUUUUUAGAAUUGAAUUGAGCGGUGCUAAUCUCCCUCGGGCUGGCUCUGCAGUAACUAAUGAAUGAAGACAGAAGAUUUGAUCAACUAAUAUAUAGGCACACCAUGCACCCCGACCCCCUGGUUCGAUUUAGAGAAUCAGGCCUGCAAUAUAAUGAAAUCAAAUUUUAGAUGGAAA